UCAUCACCAUCACCAUCUCCAUUCCUCCCUCAGUGCUAUAGCUUAGGCAGCCAUCAUGGCCAACCUCCUUAUCUUAAUUCUUUUAGCCCUUUCUACCCUGUCCUGGAACAUCGCAGAGUCUUUAAGCAUAGAUUGCGGGUCAUCCACUGUUUACAGUGAUGAAGGAUGGAUCGGAGACGAGGCCUAUAUACAGAAUGGAGAGUCCAAACGGGUUCAAUCUGGCAAUUCGGUGUCUCAGGUGAUGGACACUUUGAGGGUUUUCUCGAGCCGUAACAAGAAUUGUUACUCUCUAGUAGCUGAGAAAGGAGAGAAAGUUCUGGUUCGUGCCAGCUUUUACUAUGGAAAUUACGACCAGAAGGCAUCUCCCCCUACCUUUGCUCUGCAGUUUGAUGGGAACCCUUGGGCCACAGUAGUGACUUCAAGUGAUCUAGUCAUUGACUAUGAAGCUAUAUAUGCCGUAAAGGGAGAUUCUACAAGUGUAUGUGUUGCUCAGACACAGGCUAAUCAAUUUCCCUUCAUAUCAGCACUUGAAAUGGCAAGCUUGGGAUCAAACAUGUACAGCUCUUUGGAUUCAAACUAUGCUUUGUUUCUGAGAAGGAGGGUUGCUUUCGGUGCAAACGAAACUAUAAGUGAUGCAUAUGAUCGAAUUUGGGUUCCCGGAGUAGCUGUCAAUGGAUUAACUGCAGUCACAAGUGAUGCACUAGUUAUUGACAGUACCACUGCAGAAGAUGAUCCUCCACAAGCUGUGCUGCAAAAUGCAAUAACCACCUCAAGGACGUCGGAAUCCAUAACUAUUGGCACCAAUCUUCCGGCCGUUGAAGUUCCGAUCUAUAUCAAUGCAUACUUUUCUGAAGUUACCACGCUUGAUUCAACCCAGAAGAGAUACUUGGAGAUCAACCUGGACGACAAUCCUGUCUCAAAUCCCAUAAUCCCACCCUACCAAGAAGUACUGGAAGUAACCAUCACCAACCUGACUGCUUCGUCCAAUAAUAACUUGUCUUUGGUGGCUACCUCUGAUUCAACGCUUCCUCCUCUCAUCAAUGCCCUGGAGAUUUUUUCAAUCAGCAAUGAGCUAACUGAUGGGACAGAUAGCAAUGAUGUGGAACAGUUAGCUUCGCUGCAAGUCCUAUAUCCUAUACUAGGGCAAUGGGGUGGCGACCCUUGUCUUCCCUCACCAUUUACAUGGGACUGGGUCAAUUGUAGUACUGAUGCUGCACCUCGAGUAACAGCUUUGUAUCUCAGUGGCUUCGAGCUAUAUAGUUCAUUUCCAGAUUUGAGUUCCAUGGAUGCCCUUGAAAUAAUAGAUCUGCACAAUAACAGCUUGGUGGGUGAUAUUCCCGAUUACCUUGGCACCAUGCCCAAUCUAAAACAAUUAAAUUUGGCGGAUAAUGAUUUCAGUGGAACUCUGCCCACUUCAAUCUCAAACAAUAAAAACCUAAAACUAAUUGUAACGGGGAAUAAGAACUUGUGCAUCUCUGGAAAGUCAUGUCAGACAAGCGACACCAACACCGGGACCUCCUUUGAUGAUCCAGAAUUUACAACUUCUUCGGGCAAGAAGAAGAGUAACAAGCUACCUGCUAUACUUGGUUCCACAAUUCCAACUUUCUUUCUCUUGUGGGCUAUUGUGGGAGUUUUCAUCAUAGUGCGGCAAAGGAGAAAAGCUGCAGCAGUGACUGCAAUGAGCGCAGCUGGACAAAAUGGUGGAGCCAGUAGGCCUAAUGGAAAUUCAGUCAAUGUACAAAUGGUGGGAAAAAUAAGCCAAGCUGUGAUGAAUGAGUUCAAUAACAACAACAAUAAUACUGGGGAGCAAACAACGUUGGAGAUUCAGGAUCAAAUGACUGAUCAGCAAACGUACGAAGGGGAGUAUAUUAGCAGGAAUGCUUGAUUAGGGUUCCUGCGAAGCUUCUUCAUCCAGAGAUUGUAUUCAUGUAUGGUGUGAGACAUUUCCAGUUCAUUUCUAUAGACAGGUCAACAAUGAAGUGAAAACCUGAAAGCAGAAAGUGUAAUUGUUAGCAGCUCUGUUGUGCUGAUGCAGCCGACCUGCCUAAUUAAUCAGGCCACUUUUCUCUUCAUGGUGUGAAAAUAGAAGCUCAGCAAAGCUUCUGAAUUGUGUCUAUGGCUAUGCUUCAAUCAAGUACCUUUUCUUUUUCCUUUCAAA